UUAUUUUAUAAAAAAGAAAAAGAAGUGAAAGCUGGUGCGAAGUUUGAACGAUGGGAAAAAAUGAUGUAUAUAAAAAAAAGAAAUAUAAAUAUCUUUAACCGAAGGAAGAGGAAAGGUUGCAGAGGCAGAGAGCGAAGAAGGAAGGGUGGUGGAGACGGAGGCCAAGCGGAAGAAGCAGAGGAACCAUAACCGAACCGAACCGAACCUCUGUCUCCGAAAAUGAGUGGGCAAAUAACGAGGAGGAACAGUGCUCCCCACAGAAGGCCUCCGUCUUUGUCCAAGAAAUCCGAAAACGGAACGCUUAGCGAGCCUCCCAGCAAGCCUUCUUCUCCGCCUCCUGAAGAGUACCUUCUUCUUCUCUCUAGCACAAUUCAAAAUUCAUGUUUUCGUCUUCUCAAACCAUAAACCGAUCCGCUUGAUGGGGGAGAGAGGACCGUGAAGAAGCUUCGGUUAUCGAAAGCUCUCACUAUAUCUGAGGGGACGACGGUUUCUGAAGCAUGCCGCAGGAUGGCAGCUCGACGUGUUGAUGCUGUUUUGCUCACUGAUGCUAAUGCUUUGCUCUCUGGAAUCAUGACUGACAAGGACAUUGCUACUAGAGUUAUAGCUGAGGGUUUACGACCAGAGCAGACAUUGGUGUCAAAAGUAAUGACUCGAAACCCUUUAUUUGUGACAUCUGACACAUUAGCCAUUGAAGCUCUUCAGAAGAUGGUCCAAGGGAAAUUCAGGCACCUCCCUGUUGUGGAAAAUGGUGAAGUCAUUGCCAUACUGGAUAUCACCAAAUGUCUUUAUGAUGCCAUAACCAGGAUGGAGAAGGCUGCUGAGCAGGGGAGUGCCAUUGCUGCUGCAGUGGAAGGAGUUGAUCGCCAUCGGGGUAGCAAUGUAUCUGCUAACGCUUUGAUAGAAACAUUGAGGGAGCGCAUGUUCAAGCCCUCCCUGUCAACUCUAAUUGGUGAAAAUACAAAGGUUGCUAUUGCAUCACCUGCGGAUCCUGUCUAUGUAGCUACCAAAAAGAUGCGGGAGUUGCGUGUUAAUUCAGCUGUUAUUGUGUCCCUGUCGGGAACCAAGAUUCAGGGGAUACUAACUUCGAAGGACAUACUUAUGCGUGUUGUGGCUCAAAAUCUUUCUCCUGAGUUGACUUUAGUAGAAAAGGUAAUGACUCCAAACCCAGAUUGUGCAUCGCUAGACACUACAAUACUAGAUGCACUGCAUAGGAUGCAUGAUGGAAAGUUCUUACAUCUUCCUGUGGUAGACAGAGAUGGAUAUGUUACUGCUUGCAUGGAUGUUUUGCAGAUAUCUCAUGCUGCAAUUUCCAUGGUUGAGAGUAGCUCUGGAGCUGUUAAUGAUGUGGCAAAUACAAUUAUGCAAAAAUUUUGGGACUCAGCUUUUAAUCUAGAGCCACUAGAAGAUUCUGAUACGCAUAGUGAAGUUUCUGGGUUAAUGACAUCAGAUGGGGCAGAUACGUCGAAGUCUGCGUAUCAAUCUACAGGUUUUGGAAAUUCAUUUUCAUUCAAGUUUGAGGAUCUCAAUGGCCUUGUGCAUCGAUUCAACUGUGGUAUUGAAAAUCUAGAUGAGCUAGUUUCUGCAGUAACUCAGAGAGUUGAUGUUAAUAACAGAGAACGCCUUACGCUUUUGUAUGAGGACGAUGAAGGUGAUAAAGUUGUUCUUGCAACUGAUAGUGAUCUUGUUACUGCUGUCAGCUAUGCUAGAUCUGCAGGAGUGAAGGCUUUGAAGUUACAUUUGGACCUUGGCAGUUCAACCAAAUCAACAACACCAAAAUCUUGUACAGCUACUAGGCAGAAAACUAGUGCUUUGUCUAUCCGCUCUGGUAUUUUUGCCGGUGCAAUUGUUAUGACAAGCAUUGGUGUGUUGGUCUACUUAAAGCGUGCCAAACAGUGAUCUUUUGGCAGUUAGGGGGGGGACAAAAAAGGCCAUAAUCGCUCUGUAUGAGCUCCAGAGCUUCAUUGCCAAAAUGCCAUAUAUAUCAAGAAAAUGUUGGGUACUGAGAAAAUAGGCGACUGAUGUGUAGAAGGUUCUUAAUCUCGAGUCUUUUUGUUUUGGGGUUAAUUUUAUCCCCAUGGUCAACCAAGGUGAUUAGUUAAGAUAACCACAUAUUUUUGUCUCUGAUGUAAUUGCAAAGUUACCCUUCUCCUUCCUAGUAAGAAUAUGUAUAGAUAAUGUCUUGGCAUACCAUAUUCAGAAAUGUUAAGACGUUCAGCAUUUUUGCUUGAACUGUAGGGUACUUGCAGUGAUGUCCCGAAAUACAUGAAAUUUUGCUGCCACCUUACCUGGUUC